GAAAAGCGAGAAAAGCGCAGGGAGCGCAACCGAAGACUCCUAGCAGCCUUCGCGGCCAACGCUCUACAGUGCUCCGAGUGCCGCAAGUUUUUCAAACGGAUGGACGCAUUAAAGCGACAUUUUCGCCAGGUCCAUCGCACCGAGUUAACUUUCCCGUGCUUCUUCGACGGCUGCCCGGAGUCCUUUACACGACGUGACAUGGCUGCGCGGCACCUGGCUACUCAUGACAGCACGGCCUACAUGACUUGUAUCGGAUGCCGUGGCAAAUUCCGGCUAGGUUACUUUCUUCGCGAGCAUCUACAGGCACGAUGCUGCGGCAAUUACAAUACGAAUUUCAGGGCAGAGAUGGAUGCUUCCAACCCCCAGCCUAUACCCAGUCCGGAGGUUGCUCGCGAUGCUACCGAUGUCUUUGCCAAUGAGACAUCACACUUGGCAAGCGGAAGUCUGCAGUGGGAAAUGCAAGCUACAGGCGUGGAAUCACAGCUUGGUCCGGAAGCAGAUGAUGGCUCGACGAUAUUCUGGGCUGAAAGAGCUGCUCGCGCUGGAUCCCAGAGUUACAGUCCGACUCCUGGAGAGACUGGACAUUCGACUGGAUUCCGGGGAAACGCAGUCGAACCCAAGUUUUCAUCGCAAGACGAGAACGCCCUUUCUGCUGCGGUGGUCGAGAGCGGACACCAUUCUGAAGUGGGAG